GAUAUUUCCAUCCACUAUGGACGCCCGCCGACCGAUGCCACGCUCGAUGGAAUGGACGGACAAGGACAGCAUGGACGAGCGAUUCGCUUCUUCGUCAAAACCGAAGACGGGGGCGCCGCCAUCCUACGCUGGAGACUCGCGCGGGCCUUACCGUCCGUAUGAACCGUCCGCAGCGCCAAUAGCGCCAACACGCGAGGAACCAUACACCUCGUCCACAGGAUAUUCGGCUGCUCCGAUGCCAUCGACAACGUACGCGAUGACAGGGCGCACACGUCUGGCACCACGUGGAUUUCAAACGGAGUCGUAUGAGGAGAAGUUGCGCUCGGUGUCGCCGCCGACCUCGACCUCCAAGGUGUUGGCGGACCCGCCCAUGUUUCCAUCUCGUGCGAGCCACCGAACGCCACCAAAUCCACCGUCUUCUGAACCGCUUGGACGACAUGACGCGUACGCCGAGUAUAAGACCGGCACGAACCAUCAUCGGACAUCGUCCAAACUCCAAGAGCCGCAGCAUGGACAAUCCGACAUGUACUCGGAGUACAACUCCGUCCGGCGUCCCAGCACAAGCAAACAAGUCGAGUUUGACAGCCAGCCGUCGUCUAAAGGAAUGACAGCCUCUUCCGAGCAGCACCAAACAUCGCGUUAUCGACAACCACCUCCAUUACCGCACUCGUACGCUGGCACGUCUAGCACAACGUCGACACCGUAUGCUUCGCCAAUGAAGGAGUACAACGACUACACAGCAGCCACCCCUCGCUCCUACUUGACGACAGAGUCUGCACCACCACCACUAUCGCACAAGACCAUGAUUGGAAGUACUACUCAAGAUCUACAUCUUCUCGUUGAGCAAGCAUUUGCCUCCAUCGAUGACACGAGGGCGCAACACAGCGUGCUCUUUGAUUUGUCGGCGUCGCCACUGCGCUACAACGUUGAAGUGGCUGACCGGGCGGUCAAGGCCAUGGAUCACAUGGUUCGGACGUUGACAGCGGCUCGUGACCGGCUGCAACAACUGAGUCAUGUCGAAACUUCGGCGCAUUACACGUCAAGUCCAUCGUAUGAUAGCGGCGGCACCACCGGUCGCCACGUCAUCAAGGCAGACACCGCUGAGCAUGCAUGUAAUGAUCCAAGUCAAAGUGACCGCACCAUCGCAACAGAUCGCUACAGCGUGCCUCGUCCAGCUUGCGUAGACAUGCCCGAUGUUCUCCGGAAUCCUUAUGAAGCCCCGACGACAACAACACCGUCGCAGUCGCCUUCUCGUUCUUCCAAGAGCUACAAGAGCAAGAAUGGCCUCGACAUGGACACAAACCACAACGAAUACACCACGUCCUUUGGUUCUGCUCCCCGUGACAACCCCAGCGGUCGCUUCUCUGACGAGUCGUCGUUGUCACGUAAACCCAAAGAUGAUGAUGGCUUGAGCUACCAUCGCGCUCGAUUGCUAUCGACGGACACGUCCAUCCACGACGAAGCCGCGCCAGUAUCGUAUAUUCCUACAAAAGUCGUGCCGCCGCCAUCUGGAGGGCGCAGCAUGUUUGCCGAGUUUGAUCGGAAAAUGAAAGAAAUUCGAGACUCGCUCAAUGCGAUAGCGUCCCGCGAAGCCCUGACAUUGCCCCCGACGUCGUACCUACCCCAGGAACCUGCCACGUCAUCGUCGGCCAAACCCAUCAAGACUGAAUCGUUUGACGAGUACUUCAACGCGUUCAAAACCGACUUGGCCAAAUUCACCGCCUCACCGUUGCGAGGGAAACACGACACGCCAUCCCCUAGCCCCGACAAAGCGUCCGUGAAUGACCAAUACAACAAGUGCGAUUUGGACGGUCGCCAUGCGACGCCAUAGAACCCAUACGUGAUUUUCAGUUGGGAGCUAGCUAUCCAUCUAUUCAUUCAUAUAUAUAAUAAAUACUACACAAAAAAGUCAAUGGAG